CCACCUUUAAUCCAUCUUUGCUCCUAUCCCUCCCUCCACCGACCGCUGAAGAUCCAGUUCUGAGUUCUGGGUGUUGCAAAUCGCUCCUAUCUUAUCGGAUCUUGUAUUUUUCCAGCAGAUUUCCUACCCGCAACUCACUUGACCAGCCCGACCCGGCGGGAAGCUAUCGGUCUCGAGCUUUCACUUUGCGACCUGGUGGUGUAAACGGACAACCAGCAUCCACACAACCCCUAAUUAAACAUGGCGACAGAAGAACACAAGAUCGAGGAUGAGCACCUCGAAAAUCCCGAAGAGGCCGGUGAUGAUGAGGAGGAGAUCGCCGCGAUGAAGAAGCGAGUAGCUGAGAUGGAAUCUGAAGCCGCCAAGCUGCGCGAGAUGCAAGCCACGCUCGAUCAACAGUCGGAGAGCCUACGUGAGGACAAAGAAGAGAUCGACGCUCGGAGUAUCUUCGUCGGCAACGUGGACUACGGUGCUUCCCCCGAGGAGAUCCAGGCACACUUCCAGAGUUGUGGUUCGAUAAACCGGGUCACCAUUCUACUGGACAAGUUCACUGGGCAGCCCAAGGGAUAUGCCUAUGUUGAGUUCGCAGAGCCCAGUCUGGUAGCCCAGGCCCUCGUGUUGAAUGAGAGUGUCUUCCGCGGCCGCAACCUGAAGGUUGUUCCCAAGCGCACCAACCUGCCAGGUAUGACUCGAGGACGCGGGCGGGGUGGCUUCCGUGGCGGUCGGGGCUACCGCGGAGGUUUCGCGCCUCGGGGAGGUUAUCGUGGUGGCUAUCGUGGCCGGGGUCGCGGCUAUGCUCCUUACUAAAGAGGCAUUGAGCGCCAGACCAAUGUAUAUGGGGUGAUAUUCGUUCGCGCAAGGAAAAGCCCUACGGAGAUCAUCGCACGAAGCCCCAGCGCUACCAAGAAAUCCGAAUUGGCCAUGAUGGUCGCCUCGACUCACACUUGCACGUCUCUUUAAAUGAGGGAAAGGGAGGGGUUCUUUUUUCUUCUAGUCGUCUUUGGAGUCAACCUACUGGAAAGUACUUUGUAUGAUAACCAUUCUGGCAAUUUCGGACUGGGUCAGAAGGGCGGAAUACCUGUUUUUUCAUCUAGCUACAGAGUCUCGCUUCACGGGCAGGAACUGCCUGCAAAACCCGAAAAAUAUAUCAGAACGAUCAUGAAGCU